UGAGAAAAAGGGGUGCGUUCUUGUUGCUCUCAGUCAUAUUGACGUUAUCCCCAUCGGAUAAACCGGAGAUGCUGGUGGGAGAGGGAGAGUUGUAUUUCUGAUUUAUAUUUAGUUUUAAGCUGUAAAAUUAAACAUGGCAACAGUUAUGGUGUUAAGUCCACCGAAGCUCAAUUACUCUAGGAUGUCGGCGUCGCCAUGGAGGAGGAUGAUGAACACCACCUCCGCCACCAGGCAUUUCUUCAAGCCUUUGCACUGUGUUCCAGUGGAGCAGCUGCAGCUGCAAGAUGAGCAGGUUGACUCAAUUAUCAUGUGUGAACCUUGUAAUGGAAAAGGAUGGCUACUUUGUGAUUUCUGCAAGGGACUAAAAACCAAUGUGAAAGCUGAAAAUAAGCGGAUCUACCGUCGAUGUCCAUCUUGCAGAGCUAUUGGAUAUGUCAUAUGUCCUAAGUGCAAAGUUUUCAAAUGUGUUACCUUCCCAAAUUAUAAUGAUGGUGAGGAUGCAUACUUAUGAACAAUAUGGAGUUGGGAAUCAUUCAACCACUUUGCUUAAAGUUCACUUUGUUUUGAGGGCUUUCUUAAUGUUGCUGUCAUUUCCAUUUAUUCACUCUCAAAAAUAUGCUUUCAGAAGCCUGUGUGUAAUGUUCAUAUAUGAGUAAUUCAAUUUGGAUUGAAUGGCUAAAUGUUGGCCUGUUGUAUAUCUUUAUAAAGUAAAUAGCUGCACUCCAAUUGAUGUGUCA